ACGCGCCGCAGGUGGAGAACUGGAGGCGCGCGGUCGGGACCUGCAGUGUGCAAGAUGGGGAGAGAGGUGACGCGAGUUCACCUCCUCGCACUUUUCGUCUCCAUUAUUCUUUGCAGGUGCUCGCGUGCACAAGAAGCCUUCGACGGACUCACCGGUUUUAGUUUGAGUCCUCCGUACUUCAACCUGGCGCAAGGAUCGAGGAUUUCCGCGACAGCAACCUGCGGGAAGGAUGAGUUCGGGACGCCGAGAGCUGAUUUGUACUGCAAGCUUGUCGGGGGACCGACCGCCGGACUUGUCACGCAAAAUAUUCGGGGCCAGUUCUGCGACUACUGCAACGCCGCUGACCCGAGCAAAAGCCACCCGGCGAGCAACGCUAUUGACGGCACAGAGCGCUGGUGGCAGAGCCCGCCUCUGUCCAAGGGGCUGGGCUACAACGAGGUCAACGUCACCCUGGACCUCGGUCAGCUCUUUCAUGUUGCUUACGUCAUCAUAAAGUUUGCUAAUUCCCCUCGACCCGACCUUUGGGUGCUGGAACGCUCCGCGGACAACGGGAGGACCUUCGUCCCCUGGCAGUAUUUUGCACAUUCAAAGCGUGAGUGCAUCGAAAGGUUCGGAAAACAUCCAAAUGCUCGACUCGUCAACGACGACGAUCAGCUCUGCACCACAGACUAUUCUAGAAUCGUCCCUCUGGAGAACGGGGAGAUUGUGGUGUCGUUGAUCAACGGUCGUCCAGGCGCCCGCGACUUCACCCGCUCGCCCGCGCUGCAGAACUUCACCAGGGCCACCGACGUGCGCCUGAGAUUCCUGCGCACCAACACGCUGCUGGGUCACCUCAUCUCCAAGGCCCAGAGGGACCCGACCGUCACGCGCAGGUACUACUACAGCAUCAAAGACGUCAGCAUCGGUGGGCGCUGCGUGUGUCACGGCCACGCUCGGGUGUGCGGUGCCGGUCGCGACCCCGAAAACCCAAACAAGCUGCGAUGCGAGUGCCGACACAACACCUGCGGCGAGUCGUGUGAGCGCUGCUGUCCGGGCUUCAGCCAGGAGCGGUGGCGCGCCGCCACCGUCGACGCCCCCAACGAGUGUCAGCCCUGCCAGUGUUUCGCUCAUGCGGACGACUGUUAUUACGACCCCGAGGUGGAAGCCAGAGGAGCAAGUUUAAACAUCUCCGGUGGCUACAGCGGAGGAGGCGUGUGCAUCAAGUGCCAGCACAACACUGUUGGAGUCAACUGUGAGCGAUGCAUGGAAGGCUUCUUCAGACCUUUUGGAGUGGGCCCCGAGUCUCCCAGCGGAUGCAUACCCUGCAGAUGCGACGAGCGGACCGCGUCCGGUUGCGAAACGGGUUCCGGGAGGUGCGUCUGCAAAGCGCGGUUUGCGGGAGGAAACUGCGAGCGCUGUGCAGAGGGACGCUAUUCCUACCCUCAGUGCAUUCGAUAUCCUGAGUACCAGACCACUAGCAAAUCCCCUGCAGGACCUAUUAUAGUGCCUACUGGCUGCCCUGUGGGUUAUUAUGGCUCAAUCAGUUGUCAGCCGUGUCGUUGCGAUGGAGCCGGUGCGCCUGAGAGCGUCUGCGGUGCGAGCGGUCAGUGUAUUUGCCUGCCCAACUAUGGCGGACAGAGCUGUGAGCAAUGUGCACCAGGCUACUACGGGUACCCGCAAUGCACCGCCUGCCAGUGUUCCUGGGAGGGCUCGUACGGCACCGUGUGCGACCCGCAGUCGGGCCAGUGUCCGUGUCUGCCUGGGGUGGUGGGCCAGCGGUGUGGCCAUUGCGCUUCGGGACUCGGGUUCCCCUCGUGCUCAGCCUCCAUCAGUCAGUGUAAUCCGUUUGGGACAGAAAGCAUGGAACCUCAAACGGGAUCUUGCCGCUGCCGAGCCAACGCAGAGGGCGCGUCGUGCGACCGGUGUAAGCCUCUUCACUGGAACUUGGCAGCCGACAACACGUACGGCUGUGAAGAGUGCAGGUGUGAUGUCAAAGGAACGCUGAGUGGUGUUGCAGAGUGUGAGCAGAGAAACGGGCAGUGCCGCUGCAAGCCUCGCGUGGGCGGCCGUACCUGCGACUCCUGCGAUGACGGCUACUUCCUGUUGCAGAAAAAGAAUUAUUUCGGCUGCCGAGGUUGUGAGUGCGACGCAGGUGGCGCCAUCAGCGAGACUUGUGACGCGACGUCCGGCCAGUGUCGGUGCCGCAGCAACAUAGUCGGCCUGAAAUGCGCGCAGCCCGCACUAAGUUAUUAUUUCCCCACGCUGCAUCAGUUGAAGUUUGAGGUGGAGGAUGGCACCACACCAAACUCCAGACCAGUACGGUUUGGUUACGACCCCCAAGAGUUCCCAGAAUUCAGCUGGAGAGGUUAUGCUCAACUCUCCCCUGCGCAGAGUGAAGUCAGAGUAACGGUGCAUGUUGAGCCGAAAGAUGCCAGGCACAAGUUAUUCCGCGUGGUGCUGCGAUUCACUAACCCGAGCCGCGCCAGUGUGAGUGGUAGCAUCGAGGCGGCUAAUAACAGAGGCGGCGCAGCGUCAGACCGGAGCAAGGAAGUGGUUUUCCCGCCUAGUCGGCGACCCUCAUUCCUCACUGUGCCCGGAGACGGCUUUGCGUUGACGCCUGGGAACUGGAUCGUCAUCAUCAAAGCUCCGGGGCUUCUGCUUGACUAUUUGGUCCUGCUGCCUCAGGAUUACUACGAGGCGCCGCUGCUGCAAGGAGAAAUCACAGAGCCCUGCACCUAUGUUCCCACUGCACAAAGGAAUCAAAACUGCCUGCUGUACAAGCACGUGCCGAUGGACGCGUUCGGCUCGGCUUCGGGCUCGCGGGGGAGCCUCUCGAGCCGGAGGGGCCGCAAGAGGAGGCAGGCUCGUGUGCGGCGGCCCACCCCGGGUCACCCUGAGAUGGCCUCUCUGCACGGCGCGCAGUCUCAGCUGCAGCUCAGUCUGCGUGUGCCUCACCCUGGACCUCACGCUCUGGUCCUGGAGUACGCCAGCGAGGUGGACGGUGUCCAGAACGUCAACAUCCUGGUGGGUGUCCAGCACGGUGGACAGACGCGAGCCAGAGCCAACAUUUACGGCUGUGACUACAGCUUUUUGUGCCGGAGCGCGGCGCUGGACGGCAGGAAUCAGCCGGCCGUGCUGCAUCUGGCUCACAGAACGGAACUUCUCCUGCAGACCUCCGCCGCCUCCUUCCUGCUGCACAAAGUGUACGCAGUGCCUGCUCAGGAGUUCUCCAUGGAUUAUGUGGAGGCCAAGGUGCUAUGCGUCUCCACUCACGGUCGCUUCACUGAAGACAGUCGGCACUGUGUUCUGAGUCACUCGGACAAGCCUUUGCCAGGCUGGAUUCUGCACGCAGCCCGCGACGGGAAGCUGAACACUGCUCGCCACCAAGGAGACGACGCAGCUUGGGGGCAGAGACGACAGUCAGACUUAUCCCCUCGCGGGGACAAGAUCCUGCUCAAAUACCCUCAGACGGAAAUCCGCUUCACUCCCAAGGUGCCCCUCCCUGGCAGAUAUUUGCUUGUUGUGCAUUAUCGCCAGCCCGAGCACGUUUCCUUUCCUGUGGAAGUUCGAGUGGAUGCUGGGUAUAACUGGAAAGGUUCCAUAAAUGGUUCGUUCUGCCCCUCGGUGUCAGGCUGCAGAGACGUGCUGGUCGCCGACGGGCGCACCGUCCUCGACUUUUCUCAGCAAUCUUGGCAGCUGCCGAGCAUCUCUGUGACUGUUCCUCCUCGCAAGACACUCAUUCUGGAUCAGAUAUCGCUGGUUCCUGAGAGUCGUUACGCCCCUGACCUCCUGAGAGAGAAGCCUCUGGAUACGUCAGCGCUUUUCAUCCAGCAGUGCAUAGGAGAGGGCUUCUUUCUUGACCCCGGAACGUCCUCGCAAUUCUGCAGAGACUCUGCGCGCUCUCUGGUGGCCUUUUACAACGACGGCGCUCUGCCUUGCAAUUGUGACCGGUCGGGGUCCGCUGGAUCCGCGUGCGACCCGGCUGGAGGACAAUGUCCCUGCAAGCCUCAUGUCAUCGGUCUGAGGUGCACCAAGUGUGCCACGGGGUACUAUGGCUUCCCCUACUGCCGACCGUGCGAGUGCGGCCGCCGACUGUGCGACGAGGUGACGGGUCGUUGCGUGUGCCCGCCUCAGACGGUCCGGCCGGCCUGCGACUCGUGUCAGAACCAGACGUUCAGUUUUCAUCCUCUGCUGGGCUGCGAGGGCUGCGACUGCGCCGGGGACGGCCUUCGUGCCGACGCCGGGCCCGGCUGCGACCGCGUCACCGGACAGUGCAGCUGCAAGCCCAGGAUUGGCGGACGCCAGUGUGACCGAUGCGCCGCAGGUUUUUACCGAUUUCCCGAUUGCGUCCCUUGCGACUGCGAGCAAGGCGGAGUCACGCCCGACGUGUGUCACCCCGACACGGGGAGGUGUCUCUGCAAGAAAAAUGUAGCCGGCGUGCGGUGCGACGCAUGUCGGGACGGCUCCUUCCACUUCGACCCGUCCGACACUCACGGCUGCACCCGCUGCUUCUGCUUCGGAGCCGCUGAGAAGUGUCAGAGCUCCGGCAAACGCAGGAGCAAGUUUGCGGACAUGCGUGGCUGGACGUUGGAAAGUCCCGAGCGGCGAGAGGUUCCGUCCGUGUUGAACGCGGCCAGUGACACGGCGGUGGCCGACGUGCAGGAGCUUCCUGCUUCUGUUGGAGCUCUGCACUGGGUGGCGCCGGCCUCAUAUCAGGGAAACAGGGUGUCAUCUUAUGGUGGCUUCCUCACCUACCAGACCAAAUCCUUUGGUCUUCCCAGUGAAGGAAUGAUUCUGAUGGACAGAACACCCGAUGUCCUACUGAAUAGUGAAGACAUGACACUGAUCCAUUUAGCUCCUCAAGUCCCAUUGCCAGACAGACUGUAUCAGGGCAGAGUCCGGCUUGUUGAGGGAAACUGGCGCCACGCCGGCACCGACAGGCCCGUUUCCAGAGAGCAGCUGAUGACGGCCCUGGCGGGCCUGGCGCGUCUGAGGAUCCGAGCCCUGUACUUUACGCAGAGCCAGCGACUUAGUCUGGGCCAGGUGGGAUUGGAGGAGGCCACCGACACUGGGACUGGGGGUCCUGGCAACACCGUGGAGGUCUGCUCCUGCCCCCCGCAGUACGCCGGAGACUCCUGCGAGAAGUGCGCCCCCGGAUACUUCCGAGAUGGCAGCGGGUCGUACCCGGGCCGCUGCGUGCGCUGUAACUGUAACGGUCUGGCAGACGAGUGCGAGGACUGGAGCGGGAGGUGCCUGAACUGUCAGUACAACACAGCUGGAGACAGAUGUGAAUACUGCAGAGAAGGUUACUACGGUAACGCUGCUCUGAGGACCUGCCAGGUGUGCCCCUGCCCUUUCAGUACGGUCACAAAAAGUUUUGCAGUCGCUUGCAGAGAGAUCUACGGAGACUUCCAGUGCAUUUGCACAGCAGGAUACGCUGGAGACAAAUGCGAGAAGUGUGCUCCUGGGUUUUAUGGUGACCCGCUGGUUCCGGGAGGACGCUGUCUCCCUUGUAAUUGUAAUGGAAAUGGCAACACCUGUGAUCCCAGGACUGGAGUUUGCAAGAGCACCCUGGAGCCUGGAGACACGAACACAAACGACCACUGCCAAGAGUGUGAUAACUGCGCGCAAACGUUACUGCAAGACUUGGAGAAGCUGGACGACGAGCUGGCGAGGAUCAAAGCUCAGCUGGACAACGCCGCCGCCGGCGCCUCCUCCGAGGACAGACUCAGGAAGCUGCAGCGAGCCGUAGCGGACACCAAGAAUCUGGUGACCAAAUUCAGUACCUCUGUCAAUGCCCAAAGUUCGAGGGUCAAGCAGCUGGAAGACGACAUGCUGACUCUCUCUGAUGACAUUGCCUCUCUUCAAGACAAGGCCGACAAGACAGCUGUGGAUGCUGACAAAGCAGUUCUGGAUGUUGAAAAAACCCAAAAGAGAGCUCAGGAUUUGGACCGAGAGAUUCAAAACAUGCUCAAGAAAAUCCAAGCUAUGCUGGACCAGCUGAAGGACGGCUCCGGCGGCGGCACGCGGCCUGGUGAGAAUGUGAGCAAGAUGCUGGAGGAGGCCCAGCGCAUGGUGAAGGAGAUGGAGAACAGGAACUUCACGCCGCAGAAGACUGCUGCCGACAAGGAAAGGGACAAGGCGAGCAAACUCCUGGACUACAUUAAGAACAACGUGAGUAAGCAGUUGGACCGAAACGAGGCCUCAGCGGGGAGGUUGAAAGCGCAGCUGAACGACUACGACGCCAAGCUGAAGGAGCUGGACAAGUCUCUGAAGGACGCCACGGAGCUGGUGAAGAAAGCCAGCGCCCAGAACGGACUCAACGCUCAGGCUAUGACCGAGCUGCUGCGUCGCAUCAACAACCUAAAGAAAGAACGUAAGACCGUCAAGGACCAGGUGGCAAUGGCGGCAGAUGAACUGAGGAAAAUAGAAGAUUUGGUCAAAGUGCUUUCCAACAACAAAACGGCGUACGAAAAGUUGGCGGCUCAGCUGGAUGGCGGCAAGACUGACUUGAUGAAGAAGGUCAACGAGCUCUCCAAAGCGGCAGCCAAGGAGGACGUCGUGCAGGCUGCCGAGGAUCACGCGAAAAAUAUCAAGAAGCUGUCUAAGGAACUGGAGGACGCCGUGAAGAGCGCGAGUGAACGCCCCGAGGUGCGUAACGCCAAUGACGCCAUCGAUGCCUACAAGAACAUCACAGACGCCAUUAAAGCCGCCGAGCUCGCCGCUAACCAAGCGAAAGAAGCCGCCGACAAAGCCUUGAACAAUGUGAAAAAACAAAAACUGGCCGAAAGAGCAAAAGACCUGAAUGAGAAUGGCGCUGAACUGGUUCAGAAUGCAAAAGAGGCACAGAGUGUCCUGGCGGAUGCUGCCAACGAAAUUCCGGACAUAAAGAGGCGCUUGGAGAAUGCAGACAGGAAAAAGAAUGAUCUUCAGUCCAAGCUUCUCGACACGCAAAAGCAGCUGGACGACAUUCGAAGAGAUGACAUUGCAGAUAUGAUUGACGAGGCCAAGAGGAAGGCCGCUUCCGCUAAUGACUCGGCUAGCGACACCGUGGACAAGCUCAACGCCAUGAGGAAGGAAUUGGACAAGAUCAGCGUCACCCCCGGGGAUUCCAACCUUGGCGGCGUACUGGACGACGUGGACCAAACAGUGAAGAACUUGUUGAAAACCAUCCCUUCACUGAGCGACAAGAUCUCGGAGGUGGAGACCUUGACCUCGCAGUUUACCCCGCUGAAAAACAUCACAGAGAACGUCAAGAAACUCAAAGAGCUGAUUAACCAAGCCCGCGACGCGGCCAACAGAAUUUCCAUCCCGAUGAAGUUCACAGGCGACAGCCACGUGCAGUUGCAUCCGCCCAAGAACCUGGAGGAGGUGAAGGCCUACACAGACUUGUCUUUGUCCCUGCAGAGGCCCGAGGGCAGGGGGGAUGGAAGACGCAGACGCAAGCAGGCGGCGGACAAAGGAGACAUGUUUGUGCUGUACCUCGGCAACAAGGAUCCCUCCAAGAACUACAUCGGCAUGGUCCUGAGGAACAACGUGCUGUACGGCGCCUACAAGCUGAACGGAUUGGUGCACCUGAUGAAAACGGACUCCAUCACCACAUCUCCAUCCGAGCCAGCCAAGUUUGAUAAGGUCGACCUACACAGAAUUUAUCAAGACGCAGAGUUGAUCCUCACCAAAGACUUCACGUCAGACACUCCCGGGAUUCCGGUCAAGAGCGCCAACCAAGGAGAGGAAAUCAAAAACCUUCUGGACAUCACCCCAGAUGACUUGGUUUUCUACGUGGGAGGCUACCCGUCCAACUUCACUCCGCCGACGCCUCUCAACUAUCCCAUGUACAAAGGCUGCAUCGAGAUGGCCUACUUUAAUGACAAGGUCGUCAGCCUGUAUAAUUUCAAGCACAAGCACAACAUCAAUGUGGAGACGCCGUGCAAGAGGUACGUAUCUCCAUUGGGCUUUUACUUGGAGGGCACCGGCUACGGCCACGUGAUUAUCGACAAGCGAGCCCCCGUCCUCCUCAUCGGCAUGUCCGUCUUGACGCAUGCCGAAAACGGUCUGCUCUUGUACAUCGGAAACGAGGAGAAUUACUUCACAGUGACAGUGGAGAAGGGUGUCGUUCACCUGCGUAGUAACUUGCUGCAAGAACCAGUCACCAAUAACUUGAAAACAUUCCCGAAAAUCGACUGGGUGGAUAUCCUCAUCAUUUUGACCAACAAAGGGAAGUUUACAGUCCGCAUAGCCAAUAAAGAGGUGGCCACGGCCCAAGCCAAGUUCACCAACGUCGAAUUUGCAGACUAUUAUAUUGGCGGUGCGCCUCUUGAGAUGAGGGAAAAGCACAACAUCACCAUGCAAGCCUUGAAAGGAUGCUUGAACAACGUGAAGCUCAACCAAAACUUUAAACUCAUCGACGAGAAAGUGGGCAUCAGCAAAGGUUGUCCUAAAGAUUCCCUGACUUCUCGGAAAGCAGAGUUCAGUCCGGGAAGCUCCCUGUCGGCGGACCUUUCGGGCUUCAGCCUGGCCGACGACGUCUCGGUGUCGCUGGGCUUCAAGAGCACCGAGAAGGAGGGCACCCUCCUGCAGUCCAAACAAGCGGCUAACGGGAUUCAUCUGGCUUUAGAAAAUGGCAGCGCCACCGUGUCUUUUAACAACAAGAUGUGGAAAUCGAACAAGAAAUACAACGAUGGCCAGUGGCAUUAUUUGACUGUGUCUAGACAAGCUGGCAGGACGGAGAUGCUCAUCGAUGACGACGACGACGGCGCGGCGCAGAGCGGAAGCGUCUCGGUGCCGGACUCGGCGGGCUCCGUCAUCCUGGGACGAGACAAGUUCCAGGGCUGCAUCUCCAACCUCUACACCAGACGGCCCGGCCACCAGUACAAGCCUGAGGACUUCACUGACUUCAAGUCGUCCGGAGACGUCCUGGUGGACGUUUGCGCCCCCGACAGUCUUGUCCAACAGAUGAUCAAUCGUGUCCCCAAGAAGGACGUGGCGGUGCGCGUGAUCAACGACAGCGCGUCUCCGUGCGUGCGACCGGGCCUUUUGACAAACGCGUAUCACAUGGGGGGGCCCGUGAGCCGCUUAAGCUACGGCCUGCCGCUGCAGGUGCUGCAGCCCAGGCCGCACUUCUCCCUGGACAUCCGGACUCGAUCCCCAGAGGGCCUGCUGUUCUUUGCCGCAACGAGAGGAGGGAACGCUCACCUGGCUUUGUAUAUGUCCAAAGGGAGGAUCAGACUGACUGUGGGCAAAUAUAGCGAGAUCUUCAACAGGGAGAAGUACAACGAUGGGAAGUGGCACUCGGUGAUGUUCAGUUUGGAGAAGAAGAAAUUCCGCCUGUUGGUGGAUGGGAUCAGAGCACAGGACGGUCAGCUGAGUGGUGCCGACGUGGCCUCCAUGAAGCACUUCGUGUCGCCCGUCUUCUUGGGCAGUGCGCCGCACUACCUCCACAAAGAGUUAAAGUCCAAGAACCUCCCAAAGCAAAGCGUGUCCGGCUGUGUGCGCCAUUUUAAAAUGAACGGCGCGCCCAUGCCGAAUCCGUCGACAAACCACGGGGCGGGCCCCUGUUUUGAGGGCCACACUCAGAGGGGGGCCUACUUCUCAGGGCGUGGCGCACACGUCGUCAUCAAUGACUCCUUCGCCGUGGGAUCGAGUUUCGAGCUGCUGUUUAACGUUCGCCCGAGGACGCCAACUGGACUCCUGCUGCACGUCGGCGAUUCUCGCGGAACUCAACAAGGACUGAGCACGGGCCAUUACGUCAGCGUUUACCUGCUCAGAGGAGAGGUGGUGGCACGAGUUAACAACGGCAAAGGAGAGUUCAUGGCAUCUGUGCUGCCAAAAUCGACACUCUGUGAUGGAGCGUUUCAUAAGAUUUCUGUCAUCAAGAGGAGGCAUGUUGUGCAGCUGCAUGUGGACGCAGUGGACACAUACAAGAUAGGCCCGCCGUCUUCCAGCACCACUUUCACCAAAUAUCCCCUUUACGUGGGGGGCGUUCCUGAAGAGAUGUCGUCGCUGCAGACGCCACCCGUCACGUCGUCCUUUGUGGGCUGCGUCCAGGACAUGAAGGUCGACGGCGAGUCCGUCUCGUUCGCCAGGUUGCCCUCGGUGGUCGGGCCCGUCAACCUCAAGGAAUGUCCAGGCUGAAGCGAAUCACUGCAUUGUUUGUUUUGGCUAAAACCGGGGACCACCUCCAAACAACCAUGUGCAAUCUGUUACCAAGAAGGCAGAGAAUGUGUGUGUGCGUGUGCGUGCGUGUGCGUGCGUGUGCGUGUGGAUGGAUGUAUUUAUUUUGAAAUCAUGUACAGCACCAAGUCAUCAAUGGUUGGUUUCUUUUUUUAAAUAUGUGAUUAGUCAGUUCAGGCUGCAGUGUACAGUACAUAACACAGCACUUUAAGAAGACACUAUAUGAACAAGGAGAUAAACAAUGGUCGGACCCAAACAUUUACGUGACAAUACUUUGCAGUUGAUCGGCGCUCGCUUCUUUUCCCCUUUUGACAUGUUUGAUUCCCUCUGAUGCCAUUUGAGUCCCCCACAACAAAGGCCAUGAAAUCACAUGUUUAUGACUGCGUUUUCCAAUUAUUAUUGUUUUUUUGCAUUCCUUAUGCAUGCAUUCUUCCCAGUGGCUCUCCCCUCAAUUUGGUUUACACUGGACAACAGCAUGCACGAGUUCAAGAUAGUUGAAGACUAAAAUGGAGCAGUGCACGUGAAAAAGUAUCGGUGCAUGAUUCAGACAAUGUUUACCUCUGAGUGCAACAAGAAAAGAAAAAAAAGCAUAAAAGAAAUUCAUCACAAUUGGAUCUUUCAUUAAAAAAAAAAAAACUUGCAUUCCUGUUUUGUGACCACUGGUUUGUAAACCAUUUUGUAAUAUUGCCAAUAAAAUGUCUUGACAAAAGA